AUGGCUGACAGCGGUUUACUUUUAAAUUUCGAUCUUGGUGAAGCGCCGCUCAAGAAGCAGGUCAAAUUCACAGGUGGUCGAUGGAGAGAUCGUGUUCAUGCUCAGCGAAGCGCCAGGAAGAAUCGCGAUGGAUCCUUAGAUGGACCUGCGAGUUCAGUCAAUUCCACCCCGCUGUCCAACGACCGACGAGAUUUUCGACAAUUUCACGAUCAGAACGAAAGGCCAGCGAAGCGCCAGAAGAAAUUUGAUCACCAAAACGGACAAUUUGAUAAUACAUCUAGUACGGGUGCUAGGUUCGGCGGCGCAUCCAACAAACCUGGAGGCAUCACAUCUAGGUUAUUCACAUCUAACCCAACACCCACAACAGUCUUCGAGGAUCCAGUCGAGGAUGCCGAACCUGCAAAACCAUCCAAUGCCCCAUUAUCUGAUGAAGCCGAAAACUUCCGCGCUCUUGGCUUGUCGCCGCGCAUUGCCCAACACCUGUCGUCAAAGCUGGAGAUGAAGGCCCCGACUUCAAUACAAAAAAAUAGCAUCCCACCGUUAAUAAAAGACGAUAGCGAUGCUUUUUUGCAGGCCGAGACAGGUUCAGGAAAGACCUUAGCUUAUCUACUUCCUAUUGUACAGCGAAUUAUGAAUUUAAGUCACCAUGACGACGGUUCUACCACCGGAACCCGUAUACAUCGCGAUUCAGGCCUCUUUGCUCUUGUCUUAGCACCGACAAGAGAGUUGUGCAAGCAAAUUGCUACCGUUUUAGAAAAGCUUCUUCGUUGCGCUCCUUGGAUCGUAAGUACGACUGUGAUAGGUGGAGAGAGUAAGAAAUCCGAAAAGGCUCGCUUGAGGAAAGGUGUCAACAUAUUGAUCGCUACUCCUGGUCGCCUAGUUGAUCAUCUGGACAAUACUAAAGUGCUCGAUGUGGGUACUGUAAGAUGGCUUGUUCUCGAUGAAGGUGACAGGCUGAUGGAGAUGGGAUUCGAAGAAGAGCUAAAGAGCAUUGUGGGAAAGAUUCGAAAGGAAGAAUUAAAAGAGUCUAAUAACGAGGGUGUGUCCCUCGCCGUCCUGCCGCAACGUCGCGUUACCGUUCUCUGUUCGGCAACGAUGAAGAUGAAUGUGCAAAAGCUAGGCGAGAUUAGUUUACAAGACGCCAUCCACGUCACAUCCUCCAAGUCCGAGGACGAGGGCGAUACCGUGGCCGCUGCCAACGACGCUACCUUCAGUGCGCCAUCUCAACUCAAGCAAUCCUAUGCCGUUGUUCCAGCUAAAUUACGGUUGGUAACACUGAUAGCAUUACUCAAAUCAACAUUUGCCCGCAAAGGCUCCGUUAUGAAAGCUAUUGUUUUCAUAUCUUGCGCCGACUCGGUCGAUUUCCACUUCGAUUUACUCCGCUCUACACCAUCCCAACCCCCACCCGACGAAUCGCCCCUGACAAAGGACACUGUUACCGGUGCUGCCUAUAUCACGUCCCCAGCAAACCCAGACAUAACUCUUCUAAAGCUUCAUGGUUCCCUCCAGCAACCUGUUCGCACGUCCACGCUCGCCGCCUUCCACGCCUCGCAGAAUCCUUGUGUCCUCAUUACCACUGACAUCGCAUCGCGUGGUCUCGAUGUGCCCGCUGUGGAUCUUGUUAUUGAGUACGAUCCAGCCUUCAGCGUCGAAGACCACGUCCACCGUAUCGGUCGAACCGCGCGAGCGGGCCGCCCCGGAAAAGCGACACUCUUCCUCCAACCAGGCUGCGAGGAGGGCUACGUCGAACUUCUCAAAUCCGCCUCGGCUCUUAUACCCCAAUCUUACGAAUCUACUCUCCAGAAGGGCUUCAUAACACCUAUAUCCUUACCCAGACCAGACCAAACCUCCGAACCCCAGACUCUAGUCUCGGACCGCCAGACUCCCAACUCCCGCGCGGAGGCCUUACAAUUACACUUCGAACAGCGUCUCCUGGCCUCCGCAAAAGAAGGUAGUAACUCGAAGCUCCUGGACUCGGCGCGUCAGGCCUUCCGCUCGCAUAUCCGCGCGUACGCGACGCACGUGCGCGACGAGCGCGGAUACUUCGAUAUCACGCAGUUGCACCUAGGCCACACAGCCAAGAGCUUCGGCUUGCGCGAGGCGCCGGGCGGGAUCGGAGGCGGGCCGUCCAGACGCACAUUCAAGCCGAGUCAACAAAAGAAGACUGGUGCUAGUGGGCAGAAGAGGGGCGAUGAUGGUGAUGGGGACGAUGGUGUGGGUGCUACGGACGAGGAUGCGGCGAGGAGGAUGAGGAUGAAGAUGAAGCAGGUUAUGAGUGCGGCUGGGGAAUUUAAUAUUGGGUGA